AUGUCCUCGGACGGCCUGAAGACGCGGAGCGCGCGGAAACCUCCGCCGGGCUCCGCACCUCGGGCGCCGCCACCCGCGCUGCCCCGAGGCGGAGCGGGACCGCGAUUUCACGGCGCGCCCGCGUCGCCGAUGGGCAGGCGAAGCGCGGAGCUGCGCUCCACCCCGCCGCCCCCGUCGUCCUCGUCCGCCGCGCGCUCGCCGUACGAUCCCACGCCGGGGAAGUCCAAGCCGAGGACGGCGCCCAAGCCCGCGUGGGGCGCCAACACCACGCCGAAGCGCAGGGUCUCCCUCGUCGAGCGCCAGGCGCAGUACGCCAAGGGGCGCGCAUCAUCCUCGACCGCGGGCACGCGAACGACGCCCGCGACGGCACAUCCCGCGACGCGAUCGCCCGCCGGGUCGCCCGCGCCGUCGCCCGCCAGGUCGCCCGCCGGGUCGCCCGCGCCGUCGCCCGCCAGGUCGCCCGCCAGGUCGCCCGCGCCGUCGCCCCCGAGGUCCCCGAGGUCCCCGGGCUCGCCCCAAUCGCCCCAAUCGCCGAGGACCGCCCCAAACGACGACGACGCCACCGACCCCCCGGCCACCGCCGGCGGGCCGUUCGCGUUCCGACUCGACGAGGCGGCGUCGUCCCCGGCCGCGUCGCCUCCCCAAUCGCCGCGAGCGUCGUCACCGCGUCGGAUCUCGGUGGCGGACAAGCAGACGGCGUCGUCGGCGGCCAAGUCGAUCCGCCCAGCUUCGCCGACGACUCAUCAUAAGCCCGUCGCCGCGUCGCCGGGGAAGCUGGGCGCGUUAUCCCCGGUGGGGUCCCCGUCGGCCUCGCCGGGACGCGAACGCGCCGACACCGAGCGAACCCGAAGGGCGAAGGCGUUGCAGGAACAGAUGUUCGCGCGCUUCGACGCGGAGCGAGCGACGGGGGGUGGACGAGGAGCGACGACGAUUCCGAUCGUCGAAGACCAAAACACGAUUGAGGAAACGCGCUCGCUCGUACCGGGGGGUGGCUCGUACGAGUCGUGGCGCGCGAUGCACGAUUGGCGCCGCCGCGAGGACCGGCGCUCGGCGGAGGAGGCCGAGGAGGAAGUGAGGUCGCUCGUCGGCGCGCGAGUGUACGACCUCGGGAAAGCUUCGUCGAUCGCGAACGAUCAUCGCGACGAGGGACCGGGGAGAAACGAAACCGAAACCGCGUCGUCCCCGUACGACUCGCCGCGUCGCUCCGUCGCGGCGGCGGCGGCGGCGGGCGCUAACCUACUCCGGGGCGUCAACGAGCUCUUCCCGACGAUGGGAAGGACGAAAACACGGGAAGGCGGGGUAAAAGACGAGGAGCCGUCGAGCUCGGGCCGAGGACGCGGCGCGAAGUCGCCACCCGAGAUCGGCGAGGAAGAAUCCGCCGUCGCCGCCACCUCGCACCCGGCGGCCGACUCCGACGCCGCGGCGGUGGCGUCGCUCGCGCGUCGCGUCGCCGAUCUCGAGUCCCUGCUCGCGGACAGGGACGUGCAGCUCGCGCAGCUCGAGGACGAGCGGUGGAGGCAAGAUGAGCAAAACGCGAAACUCGACCUCGACGUCGACGCGAUGCGAAGGGACGCGGAGGUGGCCAGGGUGGCGGCCGCGGAUGCCGCGGUGCGCACGAGGGAAUCGUCGGAGCGUGAACGCGCGGCUCUGGACGCGUGCGACGCGGAGACGCGGCGCGCGGACGCCGCGGAGCGCGAGCUGCGCACGCUCUCGAGGCAGGCGGAUAUCAUGGCCGCGCAGCUGGAAGUCGCGUCGCUUCGACUGGACGCGCUCGCGCGGGAAAACUCGGAGCUCGACGUCGAGGACGUGGCCCGCGGGAUCAAUGCGGGGGUGGAACGCGACGCCGAGCGCGAGCGCGCGGCGGGGCUCGCCGAGCGCCUCCGCGAGGUGGAGCGCGACCACGCGAGGAUGGUGAGCGAGGCGGCGGCGGCGACGGCGAGCUACAGGGAACUCCAGAAAAUAUCCGACUCGUUCCAAGCCGCGGCGUUGGCAGAGCUCGAACGACGCGAACGACUCGAAAUCGAGCUCGCGCAGGUGAGAAGCGCGUCGGAGAAGGAGCGAGAGGCUGCCGCGUCCGCGUCGCGACGGAGCGACGACGCCGUCGCCAACGCCAGGGCUCAGGCUGAGGCUUCCGCUCGAGAGUGCGAGGCGAUGCGUUCGGAGCUCGGCGCCGCGUGCGCCGCCCGCGACGCGGCGACGGCCGCCGGCGACGCCGCCAAGGCCGAAGCCUCCCGGCUCGCGCGUAACCUCGCCGACGCGGAGGCGUCCCACGCGCUGGCGCUCGAGGAGGGGGACGCGGAACGCGAGGAAAAGAUUCGGUCUUUGACGCGCGAACUGGCGGAGACGCGAGAGGAGCUUCGCCGGCGGAUGAGCGCGAGGGAGGCGGAGACCACCGAGGAGAUGAACCGGCGCGAAUCCACCUUGCGCGCCGAAGCCGCCGCGCGCGAGUCCGAGCUGUUGAGACGACUGGAUGCCAAGGAACGUGAGUGCGAGGCGCACCGAGGGCAUCGCGAAAACGCCGAACUCGCGUCGGCGAAGGCGACCUCCGCCGAGGAGGACGCUCGGGGCGAGUGUCGGAAAGUCCAGGCUGAGCUCUCCGCGGCGCUCGGACGCGCGGCGGACGCGGAGGUGGCGCUCGGUCGGGAGCGUGGGGAACGCGCCGCCGUCGAGGUGGCGUUUGACGCUAUGAAAGCGGAGAUUCCCGCGCUGCGAUUGGCCGUCGAGGAGAAGGAGGCGCACUUACGGGAGUCGAGACGCGAACGAGAGGAAUGCGAGGCGGCGCUCCGGUCGGUACGACGCGACCUCUCAGCCGCGAACGAGCGCGCGGACGCCGCGGAGGCUGGCCGGGACCGCCUCAUGGACGACUGCGCCGUGGCGCACGAGGCUAGGCGAACGCUCGAGGCGGAUACCAUCGCGAGAGUCGCCGCCGCGCACGCCGCCGAGUCGGACGCCAGGCGAAGCCUCUCCGAAGCCGAGACCAAACGCGUCGCCGCCGAGGGCGAACGCGACGCCGCCAAAGCCGAGGCGGCCGCCGCGCGAUCCCUCGCCGAGCGAUCAGCCCGACGCGCGGAGGAGGAAGGCGCCAGGGCGGAGCGAGCCUCCGACGCGGCGGAUCGCGAGGCUGAGCGCAGAAGAGCCGAAUCCGCGGACGCCGAGGACCGGCUCGCCGCGAUGGGCGCGGAGCUGCGGGAGGAACGCGAGGUGGCGGUUCGCGCCGCGGCGGCCGCGGACGCCGCCGUGGAGGCUGCGGAGCGGGCGCAGGCGGAGCGCGACGCGGUAAGGGGCGCGCUCGACGGCGCGCUCGCGAGGGCUGCGGAUGCCGAGAAGGCGGCGUCGGAGGCGGCGGCGCGUUUGGAAGCGGAGGCCAAAGCGUCGGCGCAGACGGCGCGCGAGUACGAGGCCGAGGCGGCGCGGCUCCAGGCGCAGACGGAACGCGCGAGGGACGCGGAGAAAAAGGCGAAGAAGAACGCCGAGGCGGCUCGCGAGGCUUCCGAAGCCGCCGAGGCGCGGGCCAAGUCGGAGUCGGAGGCGCGAAAGGAAGCAGAGGCCAAGGCGAACGCGGCGGAGGAGAGGCUCCACGCCGCCGAGGCCGGGUUCCGCGAGGCUGAGGUGGAGGCGGCGAAGCGCGCGAAGGAACGCGCGGACGCGGACGCGGCGGCGGCGAUCGCCGCGGCGGAAUCUCGCGCGGCGGUGGCGGAGUCGAGGUACCGGCAAAACACCGAGGCGAAGCUCGAAGCGGAGCGCGUUCUUUACGAGGCGCGGUCCGAGCACGAGCACGAGACGCGUCGUCUGCGCAAGCAGCUCGAGGAGAGCGUCACGGAUGCCGGGCCCGCGGAGGUGGCCGCCGCGCGACGCGAGGCGAAGAACGCGGAAUCGCGCGCGGAGAAGGCGGCCAAGGAGCUCAGGGAGGCGCGGGAGGACGUCGCUCGAUUGAAAAUUUCGUGGGCGGAGCGGGAGGCGGAGCUCAAGGGAGAGCUCGCGGGUCUGCGGUCGCAGGUUGGCGCGGCGGCGAUGGCCAGGUGGCAGAACGCGCCCGCCCCGCCGUCCGCGCCCUCCCCGUCCGCCCGGCGCAGGCGGCUGGCGGUGCACUCCUCCGAAGAUUCCACCGACUACGAAGAUUCCGAAAACGACGAAAACGACGUCGUCGCAAACGUCCUAGGGGCCGGUAAGUCGUUGGGCACGCGCGCCACGAUCGAGCUCAUGCAGAGGCACGCGCGCGCCACCGCGCGGUUGAUCGAGAACCAGGAGAAGAUGAUCGCCGAGCUCAGGACCGAGCUCCACUGCGCCAUCGCCGAGGAAAACCCGGCGACGGCGGCGAAGAGCCCCACGUCUCCGAGUUCGAACCCGCCCGCGGCCGUUACAGCCGUUACAGCCGACCCGCCCGUUCUCGCUCCCGAUUCUCCCAGCGCCGAGCCCGGCGGCGCUCGCGAGAUCGACUGGGAGGCUGCGUACGCCGACAUCGACGAGACUCGAAGGGCGACGGCGGAGUCGCGGCGGGGUGUUUCGGGGGGCCCGGGGCCGGUGGUCGAGUCCGUCGCCGACGCGCCGGCUCUGCAAACACCGAGCGACGACGAGGAGGACGGGGACGGGGACGGGGACGGGUUUGAGGAUGGGGACGCGCUGGACGGGUCGGAAGGGUCCCCAUCGCGGGUAGGUUCCGACGACGACGGGUCGGACCUCAUCUCGGUGGAUGAGCGGUUCUCGCCGGUGACGCCCGGCGCGGGGGGGGGCGGGGGCGAGGAUCCUCCCGUCGCGAGCCCGACGCCCUCCUCCGCCGCCAGCGGCGAGCUCGUGGGAGACCUGUACAAGAAGCUCGCCGCGCUCGGGGCGCAGAGCGCGGGUGAGCUGCUGAUGCAGAGCCCCACGGUGGAGCGUCAGCUCUCCAGGAUGCUGUGA